AACUCGCAGCAUCAAGGACAACUUUCCCCUUGUAGGCUACAGUGGGUUUUUUCCCGCUACUUCUUACUCACGCACUCAGCCUUUUAACAGAAUAGACUAAGUAGAAAGGACUAUACAAAUAGCGGACGCGUUGGUUUCAAUGUAACACUCAACAGAUAACAGGCAAGAGAUUAACGCCAACCUUCGACUGGUAAUCUUUUUUUUUUACGCAUGAGCAUCCCUCUGAAAGAAGGUAUACAAAUGCUCUCCGUCCAGCCGGACACCAAGCCAAAGGGCUGCGCCGGCUGCAACCGGAAGAUUAAGGACCGCUAUCUGCUCAAGGCCCUGGAUAAAUACUGGCACGAGGACUGUCUCAAGUGUGCCUGCUGUGACUGCAGGCUGGGAGAGGUGGGCUCCACGCUCUAUACCAAAGCAACGAUUCUCUGUCGGAGAGAUUACCUACGGUAA